AUGCCUUCGCAGGAACAGAUUGAGGAAAUUGAUGCUAUCAGGGCAAUCUACCCGGAGAGUGUGAAGGAGCUCACGCCUCUGAUAUUCAAUAUUACUAUUCCUGACCAUGAGGACGUCAUGGUGCAGAUGAGCUUUCCAGAUGAGUACCCUGACGAAAGACCGAAUAUCCUUCAGGUGAACACCACAGACGCCAGGAAGUACUUUGAUAAUGAUUAUAUUGAGAAGAAGAUUAUGGAGUUGUUGGCGCAGACGUUUCGGCCUUCGGAAGUUGUGGUUUUUGAGCUCAUUGGUGAGAUAACUGCCUUCUUGGAGGAGUACCUUGAAGAGCAUAAACAACAGAUUGAAGAGCUAGCCAGUCAGCGUGAACAGCAGCAACAAAAAGCAAAGGCUUCACCUCAGCCAGCAGCUUCUACUCCAGCGGUUAUCUCAAAUAGCACUCAGCAAGAUAUAGAUGUGUUUGAAGGAUGGACCAGCUCGGAUCCUAUUCUUGAUAGAGGAUCUACGUUUAUUGCCUAUGCAAGGGAAGUUCACUCUGUUGAGGAAGCAAAGCACUACUUCAAUCUUCUUACAACAGAUCGUAAGAUCGCCAAAGCUACACAUAACAUGAAUUCGUGGAGAAUCAAAGGUGAAAAUGGCGUCACUUUCCAGGACUGUGACGACGAUGGAGAAACAGCAGCUGGCAGCAGAAUGCUACAUCUUCUUACGGUAUGUACAACGGGGUAUUUUUCAUGUUCUAUUAUACUAACUUACAGAUUAUGGAUGCUUGGAAUGUUAUCGUGGUGGUGA